UCCUCUUCUUCCUAUAAAUCCAUCUCCUCUCGAGUUGCACCGGUAGUAGUAGAAGUCCACCACCACCACCACACACACACAGUUUGCGCGUCGUCCUAGCUAGCGAGCUAGCUACUGCUGGUGACUAGUGAGUGAUCGAUCGAGACCGACGAUCGCCAUGGCCGGAGCUACUUCUGCUAGUGGAGGAGCUGCCGCCGCAGCCGCCGCCGCCCCGACGGGGGCCGGGUCGCCGUGCGGGGCCUGCAAGUUCCUGCGCCGCCGCUGCGUGCCCGAGUGCGUCUUCGCGCCCUACUUCAGCACCGACCAGGGCGCCGCGCGCUUCGCCGCCAUCCACAAGGUCUUCGGCGCCAGCAACGCCUCCAAGCUGCUUUCCCACCUCCCCGUCGCCGACCGCUGCGAGGCCGUCGUCACCAUCACCUACGAGGCGCAGGCCAGGCUCCGCGACCCCGUCUACGGAUGCGUCGCCCAGAUCUUCGCGCUCCAGCAGCAGGUCGCCAUCCUGCAAGCCCAGCUCAUGCAGGCCAAGGCGCAGCUCGCAUGCUCGCCGCCGGUCAGCAGCCACCACUGGCCGGCGGACCACGGCAGCAUCACCGCCCUGCUGCGCCAGGACACCGCGUGCAGCGCCAGGACUAAGCCCGGCGGGCCCCUCGACGACUGCUUCAUGCCGGAGCUCAUGGCCUCAGGCUUCAGGGACGACGUCGUCGCCGCGCAGCAUUGCGCCGCCAAGGCGGACGCCGGCGACCUCCAGUACCUGGCGCAGGCCAUGAUGAGGAGCCCCAACUACUCCCUGUAGAAGCGUAGAAUAUAUAAGGCCAUGCUUAUCAUUUUGGAGCCAUGCCAUCUCACACUUGGCUAGCAAGUGCGAGAGCUAGAAUUCGGGGGAAAACAAAGGAAAUUAACUUCUACUCCGUCCUCUCCUAGUGAACUCCUUUUCUUUUAAAUUAUCAGUGUUCUGAUCUUAGUGAGUACUGGUAGAAAUCAUAUACUGUAGUGGGAGAGCCUGCAUCAUGCUUUUGAUGAUUACUAGCAAUAAUAGUCUCUGUCUAAAUAAGAAACUUAAUUUAGUCAUCAGCAGAUGAGGCAG